GUCCUCGUCCCGAACGCUUUGAAGCCAUUGUCUAUCCUCAUCCUCGCAAAUAAGAGCAGACUUUACUCGUCCAACGUCUUCUACACGUCCAUUCGCGUAAAGCGCAUAUCUGCGCCCACCAAUUGGUGUCCUUCGAUUGGCCUAGACUGAACCUCUACCUACCUACGUCAUAGCAACGAUGUUUCCACCCUCACAAGGCUUGCGCCUGGAUAUAGAUGCCAUCAGCCAGAUCUUUGGGUCUAUCAGUAUAGCAUGCUGGAUCGUCGUCUUCUCGCCCCAGAUUAUCGAAAACUGGAGAAGAAACUCAGCAGAAGGUCUAUCAGUAGUCUUCAUCGUAGUAUGGCUCCUCGGAGAUUUCUUCAACAUCUUCGGCGCGGUGCUGCAGGGUGUAUUACCGACAAUGAUCAUUUUGGCCGUCUACUAUACCCUGGCAGACAUCGUACUGCUCCUGCAGUGCUUCUGGUACAAAGGCUUUACGCUUCGCGAUGAAAUCAAAACACCCGACGACGAUUCAGACGACGAGAUCGUUCCGGCGAGCGAGCAGUCUCCCCUUCUUUCGGAAAGCAGACGUCCAGGAAACGGAUCCAGCCACAUCAACGGUAACGGCAAUGGACACGAGGUUCGCGCGCACAUCUCAGACAUCGACAGGCGCCAUUCGGAUCACUCUCAGUCGUCGUUCCGAGAGCGCUUUCUUUCGAUCGAUGGCACCCAUUUGUCACCAGUCACUCCGCUGCAUGAUGAGCCCACACAAGCUGUAAGGCAACGGCCUCAACCCGCUCAAUCGACGCUGCAGACUGUUCUUUUCAACCUCGGCACUAUUCUUCUCGUCUGCGCGGCCGGCGUCUUUGGCUGGUAUCUCAGCGCCCGCAACGCUGCUCCUCCCUCUGACAGCCCCCCUUCUGAGUCAACGCUACACUUCAAUCUGUGGGGCCAGAUCUUCGGCUAUAUCUGCGCGCUGCUUUAUCUCGGUUCGCGCAUCCCGCAACUACUGCUGAACUACCGCCGCAAGUCCACGGAUGGGAUCAGCAUGCUCUUCUUCCUGUUUGCUUGUUUGGGCAACCUGACCUACGUGUUGAGUAUUCUAGUGUAUAACCCGAAGUGCAAGGGUGGGAACUGUGCGGAUGGAGAGGCGGCGUUUAUCUAUUGGCGGUAUAUUGGGGUCAAUGCUAGUUGGUUGUUGGGAAGUUUCGGGACGUUGUGCUUGGAUGCGGGGGUGUUUGUUCAAUAUUUCUUGUAUAAGAAGGAGGAUGACGAGAGCAGUGACGAGGAGGAGUAGAAAAAGGCAUGACUCUGGUGUGAGGGACUGUAGGAGGAAGUGUAAUUUAAGCGCAUCGCGCCACUACGUAGAUAAGUAUCUAUUUUCGUACAUUGGCUUGAUGAGGUCGGUAAUGCAUUGGUGCGUUCCUCCCUAAUCGCGUUGUUGUGUAUUGGCGGUAGGGUGUUUGUCAAACAGGCUUCCAUCUGAUUAUUAGUAAAACAGCUGAGACAAUGUUUGGUAGGAGCAAACCUAUAAGUAUAUCUACCUACUGUAUUUAGUAGAUAGGAUCUAUUGCUUUUAUUAUAUCUUUCUACGCCUUUGCACCUUUAAUAAGUUAUAAGCCUAGUUUGCUUUUUUUUUUU